AUGAACCAAUUCCUUGGGAAAGCGAAACCCAAGGCUCCGCUGCCCAGCUUGACUGACUGCAUUGGCAUGGUGGACAGCAGAGCAGAAUCCACUGACAAGAAGAUUUCUCAGCUGGAUGCUGAACUAGUGAAGUAUAAUGAUCAGAUCAAGAAGAUGAGGGAGGGACCUGCAAAGAAUAUGGUCAAGCAGAAAGCCUUGCGGGUUUUAAAGCAAAAGCAGAUGUACGAGCAACAGCGGGACAAUCUCGCCCAACAGUCAUUUAAUAUGGAGCAAGCCAACUACACCAUCCAGUCAUUGAAGGACACCAAGACCACGGUUGAUGCUAUGAAAUUGGGAGUAAAGGAAAUGAAGAAAGCAUACAAACAAGUGAAAAUUGACCAGACUGAGGAUCUACAAGACCAGCUAGAGGAUAUGAUGGAAGAUGCAAAUGAAACCCAAGAAGCACUGUGUCGUAGUUACGGCACCCCAGAAUUAGAUGAAGAUGACCUCAAAGCAGAGUUGGAUGCACUGGGCAAUGAGCUUCUGGCUGAUGAAGACAGUUCUUAUUUGGAUGAAGCAGCAGCUGCGCCCGCAAUUCCAGAAGGUGUUCCCACUGACACAAAGAACAAGGAUGGAGUCCUGGUGGAUGAAUUUGGAUUGCCACAGAUCCCUGCUUCGUAGACUUUCAUCAUUCAAGUAUAUCGUGUAAAAUAAAUGCGUAUUCUGGGACUGGGGAAUAUUUAUCUUUCCAAGUUUGCCAUAACAGAUUUAGGUUUCUUUCCUUUCCUUGGAGGAAAAGUUAAUUAUUUUGCUUUUUUUUUUCCCUGUAAGAGACUCAUUGCUUGGA